AUGUCCUCCUACCAGUCAUUGCGGGAUCGUCAAGUAGCCGCAAUCGAGCGAGUCCUCAACCUCAACCACACGCCUCAGGAAACCGGCGAGCUACACCAUGAUGUCUCCGCCUCAAACGGCCUCAUACCGCAAUCAACGCCUAUACUCAACUCUGAUGGCGAGCCCAUAUGGAAGGUGUUAGUCUUUGAUAACCUUGGGCGGGACGUCAUCAGUACUGUUUUACGGGUGAAUGAUUUGCGAGGAUGGGGCAUUACGAUCCACUUAAAUAUCAACCAGCAAAGACAUGCCAUACCGGACGUGCCCGUGGUCUACCUCCUUGAGCCAACAGCUGCCAAUUUGGAGCAUAUUACACAAGACCUUCAAAAAGGGCUCUACUCCCCAGCAUAUGUCAACUUUCUUCACUCGAUACCUAGGCCGUUGCUUGAAGACUUCGCCGCACAAACAGCUCAAGCUGGGACUUCUGAACACAUCACCCAGGUGUACGACCAGUAUCUGAACUUCAUUGUCAGUGAGCCUAGCCUAUUUAGCCUUGGUAUGGGGAAGGAAACGUACUGGAGCAUGAACAGCGCGCAGACAAGUGACGAGGAGCUCGAUACGCACAUUGACAGAAUCGUCAGUGGAUUGUUUAGUGUGGCAGUCACGAUGGGCACUAUUCCUAUCAUCCGCUGUCCGAAAGGUGGCGCGGCUGAAAUGAUUGCGGCAAAGCUCGACCGGAAGCUACGGGAUCACAUACUGAAUUCGAAGGACAAUUUAUUCUCCGGCAACCGAUCAGCCGCUGUGACAAGUACGCCUUCUUCUCGUCCAGUACUAGUAAUUGUGGAUCGCAACGUGGAUCUCGUUCCUAUGCUAUCGCACUCAUGGACAUACCAGUCGUUGAUACAUGAUGUACUUAGCAUGCAUCUCAACCGAAUCACGCUGGAAACGCCAGCCGACGACAGCAGCUCUGGGAAGGGCAGCACAAAACGCUCGUAUGAUCUGACUGCAAACGACUUUUUCUGGAAGAAGAACGCCGGCGUACCCUUUCCGCAAGUAGCUGAGGACAUCGAUGCUGAGCUCAAGCGUUACACGGAUGACGCAGCCGAAGUCACGAAGAAGUCUGGAGCCAGUUCGAUUGAAGAUCUACAAAAUGACACCAGCGCAUCAGCACAACACCUCAAAGCCGCUAUCACCCUUUUACCAGAGUUGCGAGAACGAAAGGCUCUCCUGGACAUGCACAUGAACAUCGCAACAGCACUGCUGAAAGGCAUCAAAGACCGGCAGCUCGACAACUUCUUUCAGCUUGAGGAAGAUACCAAGAAGCAGACGAAGACCCAAAUGCUGGAACUCCUAAACGACUCUGACAAGGGGAAAGAGCCGCUCGACAAGCUGCGUCUGUUCAUCAUCUGGUUCCUCAGCACCGAGCAAGACGUGUCACGCACCGAAAUGACCAAUUUCGAAGACGCUUUGAAGAAGACUGGCGUAGAUUCGACACCACUCGCCUACAUUAGACGCGUGCGCGAAGUGACGAGGAUGACAAUGAUCUCGUCUGCACCCACUCAACCGCAGCAGUCGUCCACGUCCGAAAACUUAUUCCGCGGAUUCAGCUCCAUCUCGUCCCGACUUACAGACCGCUUCAAGGAUGCCGGCUUGGGCGCCAAUUUUGAUACUCUCAUCUCCGGGGUCAAGAACUUCCUGCCUGCUAACAAGGACUUGACGGUAACGAAGAUUACCGAGAGCUUGAUGGAUCCGCAAAACGCUUCCACCGGCGCUCUGCAGAAAACGGAGGGCUAUUUGUAUUUCGACCCACGGUCAGCGAACGCUCGAGGCACAAUGCCGCCAAGCGCGAAAGAUGCGCGGGCCGGCACCGCGCAGACCAGAGGUAUUGAGGCUUCUUUUGGCCAGAGAAGGCAGGGCUUUACUGAAGCCAUCGUGUUCACCGUUGGCGGAGGAAGCAUGGACGAGUACGGCAACUUGCAAGAGUGGGCCAAGCGGACGAGUGGACCGGGUGGAGGCGCUGCAGGCGCUGUAAGCAGGAAGCGAGUCAUUUACGGAAGCACAGAGCUGGUGAAUGCCGAGAGCUUCUUGAAGGAGCUUGCUAAGCUCGGUGCUGAAACGUAGAUUCAUA